ACUGAAACAGCCUUAGUUUAUUGUUAACCGACUGCCAAGUCCGACGCACGCAAUUUGUUUAAAGUGUGAUGACUCUACUGCAAUUGAACUACCUCAGGCAUAACAAGGAGCCUGCACAAUGCGUCUUUAUGUGGUCAUCAUUGCUAUCAUGGUAACAGUGUGUGUGUCUGCGCCAACCAGACAGGAUCAGAACAUAGAAGUGAGAAGAGAAAAAAGCAAAGGCCUCAACGCACAAAUUUCUCUUUUAAAGGAAAGAAUUGCUGCUUUAGAAAACAAAAUGAAAAAGUCUCAAGGUAGGAUCAAGGGAAGAAUUGGUGCUUUAGAGGGCAAAAUGAAAAAGGCCCAAGGUAAAAUCAGGGCAAUCAAAAAGGAACUGUGGUCUUACAAAGAAUUUUGCCAUAAAAGACAUACACACUGGCAACCAAGAUCCAAAGCCCCAAUCAUGUACCUUGACAGGCACCAUCUGUCAUGCUAUAAGCGUUACUAUCUCAAGAGUUUUGUUCUCGAGCGUCAAGGCAACUGGAAUAGCGCGUAUAUUCGAUACGCAUUCAAAUGUUGCAGAUAUGUCUUCAUUGUGCUUUAAAAACAACCGUUGGAUGUAACCUCGUCCCCAGUCCCUUAUCAAUCCGUUUGGAGUAGGGUGGGAUAUUCUAGACUCUUACACAGUCCCCUGCUCGGCUUUGGGUCUUCUCACACUGUGAGAAGACCCAAAACCGAGCAGGGGACCACUGGAAAAAAUCGCGCGCCAUAAGAGGUUGUAAAUUUGAUGUAUAUA